AUGUGUGUGUGUGGAAGUGCUCCCGGGCUCAAGGGCAAAAAACAACCCCCCCCUGCACGUCGCCCAAUGUGGCGAUCCGAUCACGGCGGCAUGGCCAACCCGUUUUUGGUGCUCCACAAAAACCCAAGCGGAAGCCGGUGGGAUGGGCUCCGCUCAUGGAAACUUCCACGAACAAAUUUCGACGACCAAGCCAGGCGGUGUGGGAGGAUCCCCUCUAAACCUACGGUAUCUGGUCCGAAUACUCCAGGCUCCGUAUUCCCCAGCCCUAGACUACCCGUAGCAGGGUGGAAUUUCGGCAUCCUCUGUCUACUACUACUUGGUAAGGAGGGGAACCCGGAACUGACUCGCCUAAAGGUGCUUGCUCAAUGGUUGGUGAAAGAAAUUGUCCGAUGGGAUCGUCGUCUGCUUGCUUUUUCAUCAUCACAAAGCUUGGCUUUCGCUUGUGAGACUGCCGAGUGAUGAUGUCUGUCUCAGUCUCGCUGGUCGUGGCUGCGAUAGAUGUGCAUCUCGGCACUGAGUGCUACUUCUGCUACAGCCUACGUCCCAGACCUACCUUACCAAAAGGCCAGGCUAGCGCUGCUUUCUGUACGGUGUAUCAGCUCGACAAGAAGGAC